UCAUCCUAUAUUCCUCCUGUCUUCAGGUCCUCCUGGGAAACGUGGACGGAUGGGCAGAAGAGGUGACCCUGGACCCCCAGGCAAACCUGGGCGCGACGGUUACCCGGGUCCACUUGGUCUGGAUGGCAAACCUGGUACUCCUGGACCUAAAGGAAGCCAGGGGCUGCCAGGACCAAAAGGAGAUAAGGGUGACCAAGGAGACACUGGGCCAAGGAUGGUCUUUCCUCGUUACGAUCAUGGCUACAUCUCGGCCGAUCAGCCCAGUUUCCAAAGGCGUAUGCUGAAGGGUGAUCAAGGACAAGCUGGUCCACCUGGACCUCCAGGCCCUCCUGGAGCACCUGGUGCAAGAGGGCCCCCAGGAAACACUGGGAAGGACGGCCCCCGUGGCCCACCAGGAGAUUCAGGUGCUCCUGGACGAGAUGGAAUAGAGGGACAAAGAGGUUUACCAGGAAAACCGGGUGAAGUUGGUAAUCAGGGUUACCCAGGACCACAGGGACCCCCAGGGCCAAAGGGCGAGCAGGGAGAGCCAGGUCCUCAGGGUGACCGAGGAACCGAUGGUCUGCCAGGCUUGAAGGGAGAUAAAGGAGAUGUUGGAGAACAAGGACCCCAGGGCGAAACGGGCCGUCCUGGUGAUAAAGGCACAUCAGCAUCCGGUGACAUCAUUGACUUCAAUGGCAAACUCUUAGAUGCCUUUCAGGCCAUCAAAACCAUCAGUGUCUCGGGACCACCUGGCCCUCCUGGACCCCCGGGACCACCAGGAAAAGAAGGUCCAAAGGGUGAACUUGGUUUGCCUGGGCCUGCUGGGGUUGAUGGCGAAAAGGGUGAUAAGGGAGACACUGGAGAGCCUGGUGAAUCUGGAGAGAGGGGUGAAAAAGGAGAAAUGGGCCUCUCUGGUCCCUCUGGAGUGGAUGGGCAGAAAGGAGAGAAAGGAGACUCGAUACUAGAGGACAAUCUAGUUCAGAUGAUUUCACAGCCGGGACCACCAGGGCCUCCAGGUCCGCCAGGACCACCUGGAUACAUGGGUCAUCGUGGCAUGCCAGGCCCCAAAGGUGAUCCAGGGGAGAGUAUUAAAGGAGAGAAGGGAGAAAUCGGUGCUUCAGGAAUACAAGGCCUUCAGGGUCCUCAAGGGCCCCCGGGUUCAACAGGAUUAGUUGGUCUUCCCGGCACAAAGGGUGAAAAGGGAAAACAAGGGGAACCUGGAUUAGAUGGGUUUCCUGGCAUUAAAGGAGACAGGGGUGAGCGAGGGGAGAGAGGAGAGAAGGGAGAUCGCGGUCCUGUCGGAAAGAGAGGCCUCAAGGGAAAGAAAGGCGAACAGGGACCGCCGGGUCUGGACCAGCCCUGUCCCGUGGGAGCUGAUGGAUGUAAAAAAGAGGUGGUGGAAAUAGGGCAUCCGGCCCCUGAGGCCCCCUGUCCACUGGGUCCCGAUGGACUUCCAAUACCAGGUUGUUGGCACAAGUGAUUUGUAACCUGAGACAUGUCAUCUGUACAUAUUGAUGUGAUAUAUAUUGGAAUUUCAUACAGCUUUUUCACUUUUUAAAUAUUUUUACAUUUUAUAAAGACAAGAGACUUCGUUGAACACUCAUCAGCGUUAUUUUUUCAUAAACCAAGUAGUGGAUGCUGUUGUUUUUGUUUUUGUUUUUGUUUUUUUUUUAUACAAUUAAUUUUUUUUUUUUUAAGUCCUGGAGCAUAAGAUGACAGUAUUGUUCACCAUCAGCUGCCUGUAAUGAGCUCGGGGAAUGUUGCAUGGGCAUGCUGGACCGACCCGCUCAACUGGUGCCAUGCAAGAAUUUUUCUUCACAUCCCCUUUUGUUUUUAAAGGAGCAGGGAAUGCUUCAGAAACUCAAGAGGAAACGUCUCUCCCAGCCUUGAUGUUCUUCAAGAACCCGAGGAGUUUCAAUGACUUUACGGUCCCUCAGGUGACGGUAUCUCAAUAAUAUUGGUUAAUAUUGACUGUCCUCAAUGUGCAGGUCGAAUGAGGGUGCAAACAGCCCUCGCUAUGGUCAAUAUUUUUCAUGGAGGAACAUAAUUGAGCUCUUGGAGUUGAUGAGAGAUCAGGGAUUGGUCUCAUGGAUGCAGUUGCUCCACAGGACGGUAACAGCAGCCUGAAAUAAGAGGCUUUGGCAUAGAGGUGAUACAGAACAGAUCACUAUUUUGAGAAUAUUAAUGAGCAGUAAUUUAUGAUUUAUUUCUUACGUGUUACUGUUUUAUGCUUGGUUUUUUGUAGUUUUUAACUCACAAGCAAAAACACAAAGCAUCAGGAAUUGACGCCCAAAGACUUAACUUUUGGAUGGCAAGCAUUUACAUAUUAAUGCAUUUAUCAUUUUCAAUAAAAUAAAUACUACAUCUGUUUUAAAUAAGCACAGCAUCAUAGUGAGCGAGAAUAUUGUGUUAUAUUGUACUUGUUUUUUAUUAUUUCCUUAAUACUACUGCAUAUGUUUUGUUGCUCACAUUUGUUGUAAUACUUUGUAUAAGAAAUAUGGUAACUGUGACUACCUGCCGUUGUUUUUAACGUCACAAUCCUUGAUACAUAUUCCAUAUUAUUGUUCAUAGUAAUUUAUGGUAUAUACCAAUGUGCUUUUUGAAGAUGGCAAAACUGGUGUUUUUGUAACCCCAGUUCAACCAUCUCGAGGACUCAAGUUUGAGGCUGUUUUUAAAAUUGACAAAGUAUUGCUUUAUAUUUCAUAGCAUGAAGCAAAGAAAAGAGAUUCCAUUUUAUCAAUCUCAUUUUGUUUCUUUGGUUUUUACACAGAGAAAAGACAUCCAGAAGAGAUGUUUUUUAAAGACGUUUUUAAGCAUGUUCAGCAUACAUUUCCAUUAUGGUGUACCCUCUUUCAGGGAUUUACAACCAUGCUACAUAAGCUUUUCUCUAAUAUUUAUUGUUAAUAAUCAAAUAACCGGUGGUCAGUUCAUAUAAAGGUUCUUGUAUGCAUAACAUAUGUUACAGAUAACGGAUCUGAAUUUUUACAAGCCUGUCUUUGGUGUCAAUUGGCUGACUAAAUGUUCUGAGUAACUAUUGUGAUUUACAUAACUGUAAAAAUCUUGAUUGACCAAUAGCAUUAUAGCGACAUUUUAGAAACAAAACAAAAUGGGAGGACAUUUUGAGAGCAUUUUAAGUUUUUUCUUUAAAUUUCUUUAUAGUGUUCUUUUUUUUUCAAUGCAAAGAAUGUUUUAUUUUGAAGAUAUUGAAAGAUUUUGCUGCUGAAACAGUAUUUGUAUUUAAUAGUUGAUAUGGGGUAAGGAAAACAGCCUUACCAACUGCCUGACAGCCAUUACAUGCAUUGAUUUGCUUUUGAAGAUGUUUUAUAAAAUAGAAUUUAAAGUUUGUUACUAGUAAUCUUAACUUUCCUUUCCUCUGACCUUGGUCUUGGUCAAAAAGCUGGGUGCUGUUGGCAUUUCAAUAUGUUCUCUACAAUCCACAUUCUGCUCUGACUUUCUCUGACGCUUUUCACGGUCCAAUCAAUUCCUGAUGUAUGAAGUCAAAUCCUACUUUUUUCGUGAUUGCAUGAAUAUUCUGUUUCACAAGUAAUAAGGGUGCAGAGAUUCAUGUUGACUUUAAAUGCCGAGGUAAUUAAGAAUUGCAGAAACACUGUCAUACUUUGUCCUUUGCUUAUUUUAGUGGUAUCACAUAAAAUCAUGUGUGUCUUUCAUUAAAAAAUAAAUCAAAUAUCACAAUCAAAA